GCGCGGGGGGCCCCCGGCCCAAGCCCGCGCGCCGUGGAGGGGAUGGAGGCGCGAGACCCGACAACAGAGGCCCCGCGGCGGGGCCGGACUGGCCGGACCCCGGGGCCCGGUCAGCCGAGCCCCAUGAAGAGGCUGCUCGGCUUCGAGUGGUCAGACAUAUCCGGCUGGUCAAGGCUGGUGACCCUGCUCAGCCGCCCCACCGACCCCGCGAGCCUCGGUGUCUUCCGCUUCCUCUUCGGAUUCCUGAUGGUGCUGGACAUCCCUCAGGAGCGGGGCCUCAGCUCCUUGGACCACCGGUACCUGGAGGGACUGGAGGUGUGCCGGUUCCCGCUGCUGGAUAUUCUGCAGCCACUGCCCCUCGACUGGAUGUACCUCAUCUACACUAUCAUGCUGUUGGGGGCCUUGGGCAUGAUGCUGGGCCUGUGGUACCGCCUGAGCUGUCUGCUGUUCCUACUGCCAUACUGGUACGUGUUUCUGCUGGACAAGACCACUUGGAACAACCACUCUUACCUGUAUGGACUUCUGGCCUUCCAGCUGGCACUGACGGAUGCCAACCGCUACUGGUCCCUGGAUGGCCUGCGGAACUCCCGGAAGAGGAACGUGCAUGUCCCGCUCUGGAACUACACUGUCCUGCGCAGCCAGAUCUUCAUCGUGUACUUCAUCGCCGGGGUGAAGAAACUUGACGCUGACUGGGUUGGCGGCUACUCAAUGAGCUCCCUGUCCCGGCACUGGCUCUUCAGCCCCUUCAAGCUGGUGCUGUCGGAAGAGAUGACCAACCUUCUGGUGGUGCACGGGGGUGGGCUGGUGCUGGACCUCUCGGCCGGAUUCCUGCUGUUUUUCGACGCCUCGCGGCCCGUCGGUCUUUUUUUCGUCUCCUACUUCCACUGCAUGAACUCGCAGCUCUUCAGCAUCGGCAUGUUCCCCUACGUCAUGCUGGCCAGCAGCCCCCUGUUCUGCUCUCCAGACUGGCCCCGGCGGUUGGCAGCCCGCUCUCCUCACUGGCUCCGGGGCCUGCUGCCGGCCGCGGCCCCCCCGGAGCGCAGUGCCUCCUGCGUCUAUAAGGGGGGCAGGGGAGGCCGCCAGAGGCCAGGUUGGCGGCAGCGGCUGGGGGCCGCCUUCACGCUGCUCUACAUCCUGGAGCAGCUCUUCCUGCCCUACUCCCACUUCCUCACCCAGGGCUACAACAACUGGACGAACGGGCUGUACGGCUAUUCCUGGGACAUGAUGGUACACUCCCGCUUCCACCAACAUGUCAAAAUCACCUACCGCGAUGGGCUCACCGGCAAGCUGGGGUACCUCAACCCCGGGGUGUUUACCCAGAGCCGGCGCUGGAAGGACCACGCAGAUAUGCUGAAGCAGUACGCCGCCUGCCUGAGCCAGCUGCUGCCCAACUACAAUGUCUCCGAGCCCCAGAUCUACUUCGACGUCUGGGUUUCCAUCAACGACCGCUUCCAGCAGAGGCUGUUUGACCCUCGGGUGGAUGUCGUCAAGGCCACCUGGUCCCCAUUCCGUCCGACGCCCUGGCUGCAGCCGCUGCUCCUGGACCUGUCUCCGUGGAGGGCCAAAUUCCAGGAGAUCGAGGGUGGCCUGGAUAACCACACCGAGGUGGUCUUCAUUGCCGACUUCCCUGGACUGCACCUGGAGAACUUUGUGAGUGAGGACUUGGGGAACACCAGCAUCCAGCUGCUGCAGGGGAAGGUGACUGUGGAGUUGCUGUCAGAGCAGAAGAACCACUCCCUACAAGAAGGGGAUCGGCUGCAGCUGCCCCCUGGCGAGUAUCACAAGGUCCACACGGUGUCAGACGGCCCCUCCUGCUACAUGUACGUCUUUGUGAACACGACGGAGCUGGCCCUGGAGCGAGACCUGGCCCGGCUCCAGGAGCUGAAGGAGAAAGUGGAGAACGGAAGCGAGACUGGCCCACUGCCCCCUGAGCUGCUUCCCCUACUGGAGGGGGAGGUGAAAGGUGGCCCCGAGCCCCCCCCUCUGGUUCAGACCUUCCUGCGGCGGCAGCGGCGUCUGCAGGAGAUUCAGCGCCGGCACGCGGCCCCUUUUCACGAGCGACUGACCCGCUUCCUGCUGCGAAAACUAUACAUCUUCCGACGCAGCUUCCUGAUGACUUCCAUCUCCCUGCGCAAUCUCCUGCUAGGCCGCCCCUCCCUGGACCAGCUGGCCCAGGAAGUGGCCUAUGCCAACUUGCGGCCUUUCGAAACGGCGGCUGCCUCGGAUCCGGAGGCACCGGAGUCUCCCCCCUUGGACUCUGACUCCCCAGAUCCAAAACCAGCCCCUGGCCCAACAGCCACCCGGUCGGAGCUUUGAUGGGGUUGGCCUGCCCCUCGCCCCCUCAGGGUAGGUGGGUGGGAGAAUUUUUAGACUCAUUUUUUAAGCCCUUCCCCCCCCAUCCCAGGAGCAGGCUUCUCUCUCACAAUAAAUGGC